AUGAUUGUCGUCACACAGUCGGAUACCACAGUUCAGUUAAAUCCUGUCUGCCCUGUAGCGACGUCUGGAAUACGCAGCAAAGGAUACUUCAUAACUUUUUGUCUGUCUGUCUGUCUGUCUGUUGGCCUGCAUACCUACCUACUUAUCUAUCUAUCUAUCUAUCUAUCUAUCUAUCUAUCUAUCUAUCUAUCUAUCUAUCUAUCUCUCGAAUAUUGUUCACACAUAUAUGUCUUAUUCUAUCCUCAUCUAUCUAUCUAUCUAUCUAUCUAUCGAAUAUUGUUCACACAUAUAUGUCUUAUUCUAUCCUCAUCUAUCUAUCUAUCUAUCUAUCUCAUAUGGUUCACAUAUAUCUGUCUUAUUCUAUCCACAUCUAUCUAUCUAUCUAUCUAUCUCAUAUGGUUCCACAUAUAUCUGUCUUAUUCUAUCCACAUCUAUUUAUCUGUACAUCUAUUUCAUUCUUUCCACAUCUUUCAUGUUUCUUUCAUCUAUCUAUCUAUCUAUCUAUCGCAUUUAGUUCACAUCUGUCUGUCUUAUUCUAUCCACUAUCUAUCUAUCUAUCUCAUUUAUUCACAUCUGUCUGUCUUAAUCUAUCUAUCUAUCUAUCUAUCUAUCUAUCGCAUUUAG